CCAGACUCGAGAACGGCACCUCACAAAUCAGUACCAGCAGCAGUAGCAACAGUAGGAAGAGCACCAGCAGCCGCAGCUUUUCCUUCGGAAUGAGGAAGGGAUGCGUCAGAAACAGGUUCAGAUACGGCAGAAGCAGCAAGAGCAGCAGCGACCGCGGCGGCUGGCCACAUCCUCCUCGCCUACGUCCUCGUAUCGCGCAGUGACCUGGCAUGCCGGCCACGGGCAUCCGCAUCCUGGCACUAUCCCUGAGACGGUGUGCAUUGCCGCGUCGUCUUUGGCCACACACGAUCAGACUUGGCCCGACGGGGCAUUUCGGCUGCCGUUGCAUCCCAGACGGCGUAGUGCGUGGGCUGGCCAUGGAGGAUCCGACGCUGCAAGAGCAUUAGCAGAUGAAGUCACGCGUAUAUUCAUCAUUGCCCGCUUGUUU